GGAGAGGAGAGAUUGAGUGCCCAGGAUCAAAGUGGUUGGUUUGAUUAAAAGCCACUGUCUCCUGCCCUGAUUUGCUAGCCGCACAACGACGAGCCAGGUGCAGCCCCAACUUGUAUACAUAUGUAUGUCUGAUGCCAAUUUUAAGAGCCAGUGGCAUAAUUGUACAUGUCAGUCUUGUCGUCCGAUACGUACAUGUACAUGUAUGCGCCGGCCCGGGUGAGGGACGCGGGUGAUGCUCUGUUAACCACUCUGGCCACGGUCGGUCGUCUCAUCUCAAACUGAUCUGAAGCCCAGGAGGCGGUGGCGGGGUUCUCUGUACAACGAAGGCUGUGUCAGGGUGACAGGUUUUCUGUGGACAAAUUCAGAGGGUUAUCUUCUCUACUCCGAGGAUUGUGCUGACCUUGCAUACUGACGCAGUGUCUUGUCAGCAUUUAUCAGGAUGUUUGAUCAUGAACCAGAGCUUCAUGAAACAUUUCUAAUGAUGGGGUGUUCGUGCCAAAUCAGAGGAGAUUGUUGAAGUUGUCAAGACUGUUGUAAUUUGCUCGUUGCGCUGCCGUAGAAACAAACUGUGAUAGAGGAAAACUAAAAAGGAAGAUCUGCCUGCACUGCAAGUGUCCCAGGGAGGACCACUACAUCAUGUCGGGGGACCAGGAGAAGACGGUGAGCCGUAUGAUGACGGACUUCCACCAGCGGAACUCCACGUCGGACGACGACAGCGGCUGCAUCCUGGAGGAGUACACCUGGGUGCCCCCCGGCCUCAAGCCGGAGCAGGUCCACCAGUACAUGAACGCCCUGCCGGACGACAAGAUCCCCUACGUGAACAGUGAGGGGGAGAAGUACCGCAUCAAGUCGUUGAUGCAGCAGCUGCCUCCCCACGACAACGAGGUGCGCUACUGCAACGGGCUGAGCGAGGAGGAGAAGCGGGAGCUGAAGCUGUUCAGCGCCCAGCGCAAGCGGGAGGCACUGGGCCGGGGCACGGCCAGGCCCCUGCCCCUGACCCUGGCCGGCUGCGUGUGCUACGAGUGCGGCAAUGCUGUCUGCGGCGGAGACAUCGCCAUCUUCGCCUCGCGGGCCGGCCCCAACGCCUGCUGGCACCCAGCCUGCUUCAUCUGCACGGUCUGCAAGGAGCAGCUGGUGGAUCUCAUCUACUUCUACCGGGAGGGCAAGAUCUAUUGCGGCCGGCACAACGCCGAGACCAUGAAGCCCCGCUGCGCUGCCUGCGACGAGAUCAUCUUUGCCGAUGAAUGCACGGAGGCCGAGGGUCGCAGCUGGCAUAUGAAGCACUUCUGCUGUUUUGAGUGCGACAAGGAGCUGGGCGGUGAGCGCUACAUCAUGCGGGAGGGCAAGCCCUACUGCUGCACCUGCUUCGAGACCAUGUUCGCCGAGUACUGCGACACGUGCGGCGAGCCCAUCGGGGUGGACCAGGGUCAGAUGUCCCACGAAGGCCAGCACUGGCACGCCACGCAGAAGUGCUUCCAGUGCUGCACCUGCGGGGUCUCGCUGCUGGGCCGCCCCUUCCUGCCCAAGCACGGACUGAUCUACUGCAGUGGGAGCUGCAGCCGGGGGGAGAAGGCAGUGACGGCUGGCCCCCUCACCUCCCCACAGGAGAUGGACGACCCCAUGGGGCUGGGCUCGCCCAAGAUGAGCCGCAGCCGGCGGCCGAUCAACAUGGAGGAGCUCAACCUGGACAACCUGUCAGUGGCCACUGCGGAGGAGCGAACGCAGCAGUCUAUUCACCGGUCGCGCAACCUGUCGCGCCACUCACUGCCCGACCUGCGGCGCCAAUCGCAGACAUCAGCUGAAGACAGGCGGCGUGCCAGUGUCAGGACUGCCUCAGAGAGGAGACGGAACAGUACUGCAGCAGCACAGAGCCGGGCCUAUAAGGAGGAAGCGGUGCAGGGCAGGUACAAGGCUGCACCCAGCACGGAUCAAAUGCAGCGGAGGGCAACCAGCGACGUUAGAACGGCCACAAACACCAUUGGAGGCUCCCAGCGAACACAGUCCACACACAGCAUCAACGAAGAGCGCUUCGUCACCCCACGCUCGGACAGUAGCUACAGGCACGGUCUGGUGCCCAAAACCAAUGCCAACUACCACAAUGGGAUGAGGAGGCCGGAAACCAUGGGACACUACUCCACGCAGCCCAGGAAUCCCCGGGAUCCGGAAUACUUUGACCGAAAGUCCAACGUGUACCACUCGGAGAGGGUCACGGGCCGCUCACGCUCCGAGAUCACGCUCGAUCAGAGAGCCGCUAUGGAUCGCUACUCCAGCGGGCGGAGGAGGGGUUACCGUGAUGACUAUUUCUCCAGUUCAUCCUCGUCAGAGGAUGAGGACUAUUUCAGCCCUAGUCACAAGGCUCAGCUGGGGCCCAGAAUCCGUUACGUGGAGACCUAUGCAAGGACUCGUUCUCAGUCGCAGCCUUUCAAUCAAAAGCAGUCUGGCCAUCGGAAGAAAUCCAAGCAGAGAGGAAAGAACUGCAUCGUGUCCUGAUGUAGCAUUUUUGUAACAUUAUCAAGUUUGUGCUAUGAGACUUUUAUACGCAAAAGUAUCUGUUACAUAAAAGAGAAGACGAUGUAAGUCAUUUCUUUACAUAUUUUUGUUACUCCAUAUCCCGCCUGACAUGCUUUACACGUCAGUCAUUGUCAUAUUUAACCCUAACACUUCAAUCCUUCACCUGUUGGAGGACUGAGGACUGUUAGGGUCAAUAUAAAAUUUUUGUCCACGUCCACGGAGUGUGUUAAGUGCCACCAAAUUCACUCAACUUAACAAAAAAAUGCCUUAAUUUAAAAAAGUAACUCUUUCAAAACAGCUGGCUUUGAACUUACCGGUAAGGUUCUCAAGGGCGAGACUAUUUCAGGCAAUCAUAACACUACACCUGGGUUCACAUAUUUAUAUUGGUGGGUCAUUUGGUAUUUCUUUGGGGUCCUUCUUUUUUUUUUUUCGUGUCUCUAUCACAUCUGAUGUAUGAUUUAUACAUUUACAAACGCGUUCUUUAAAUUGCAAGAGUGAUUAAGUAAUGCAAAGUACCUGUCAGACAUAAAAAAGGUUUUGAGUUCACUUCAAGAAGUAUUUCGUCAUCACAUUAACUGGUGUAACGGACACAAACGUCACUUGCAGACCUCCCAUUCAUAGAAUGACCCGUGCACAUUUUUAUAACCCUGCGUAAAGCUCUACAAAUCAGAUUUUUUAUUAACCUAUGAUUUUUCUAGUGUGGACAUGGGUGACCUGUGCAAUGUCGCUCCAAGGUUUCUCUUGUACCAUUCACUGGAACCAUAUACCAUUUAAACACACUGAGCUUGACUUGCACUGUCAAACUGGAUGCACAUAUGCGCUUUAUCACUGGCCGCAAUUUUGUGUCUAGAGUAGGCAACAGCACCCUCAGAGUGCGAGUCACGUUCUCAGACCCGGAAGUAUUGGGAAUUACACUGCACACUCCAGUUCUUGAGAUUACCAAACUUCUUGUCUCCAUGAUAGCAGAAAUUAUCGCCAAGUUUAGGACGUGCCUGUCCUUUCAUGAAAACGUUUGUGGCCACGGGGGGAAUUUUGAAGCUGUCGUAACAGGUCAGGAAAAGGUGUUCAAAUUGAAAUCCGAGGCAGAGUAACAGCACGGACCUCAGUCUGCAUAACUUUUGGCUGCUGCCAGGCAGAAGGGUAUAUUCAGCCAACUUUUGGCAUUGUAAGUUAUGUGGGACAAAACGAAGCCUGAAUGACCUGCCAGGAUACGGCGAUUUGUGUCUUUGCAUACCGCCGUGUGUCAUUACACUGUAAUGUUGGCACCAACCAAGCUAAGGAGAUAUUUUACAGUCAAUGGUCAUGGCUUUAAAGAGCUUGGCAGCUUGACAUCAUACUUACCUUUAUCACUUUGAGCUGUGUUGUCCUGUACUCCCGCUGGUAGGUGGUAAGAAAAUUUAAACCACUGGAUCCCUCAAACUGAGAGGCUAUUUUGUAUGGUACUCCUGGGCCCUGGCCAGUUGUAGGCAAGAUUUCUUCAGUCAGGAAACAUUGGGUGGAGUUGUGAAUGCUUUCAUGUGUUCCCACAGUUUUAAGCUGGUGUCCGGCAUGUGUGUGGUUCCAACCAAUUACAGAACAAGUGCGGCUGCCCUGGUCGGCGCCAAGCUGCGGGCAAGACGCGUUUGCCAGAAAAUUGGGGCGGACUUCAGUGCAUCCCCACAAACCACAGAACAGGAUUGUGUGAACUGUCUUCUCUCUACUCCAUUCACCUGCACAGCGUAACCUCGUUAUUUCAUCUCACCCACACCACGCAUUUUCUUGUUGAAUUUCUACUCUCCAAAACCAUGUACAUACCUCUUCUCAAAAGGAAUGUGAACUUGCCUCAGUAUGAAAUCGUUCAUGUACAUGUACAUCUAGCUUUCACUUUUCAGUAUGUGUUCAACUCCACACUGCUGCUGUCACACAGACGCUAUCCCAUAACUUCACAGACGCUAUCCCAUAACUUCAACAGAUUUGUGAUUGUUUUGUUGGCUGCUAUUGCUGUCUAAUUCAGCAGAUAUACCACUGCACUGUACUUCAAUAUACAAACGUCAGUACAAGUGUUCUGUAUUCAACAAAAUAUUCCAAUAUUUUUAUGGUUAAUGUUUAAAGCUCUUUUUCAAAUUCAGCUGAUAAGUGACAUCUAAUACAGCACUUGCUUAAAAAA